AUGGCUGACCAAUACGCACACGUUGUGUGCGGAAGUUUCGAUUGGUGGGAGGAUGUGGAAAACGACAUCGCUAUGAAGACUAAAGCUGUCGCGCCUAUCCCUAUCACAGCUCCUAAGCUGGAGAAUGAAUAUGCGUGUCUUCGUGUGCGCCAGCAGUUUGACUGGUGGGAGGACGUCGAAGAUGACAUUACCAAGAAGACCGAAGCCCUCGCUGUCGACACUAAGAUCCGCAGUACGGACACCGAGAACCCGGCUUCAGCUUGCACUAGGCCUGCCACUUCCAGAAAACCGGCUCCCGCCGAUCUGCUGAAGCCAUGCUCAUUUAACUGGGCUGACGAUGCUGAGGAGGAAUUUGACAACCUAAACUCCAUAACCCAACCGAAUAAUCAUUGUACCACCGUUCACCCUCUUACUCGGGCCCUUGCCCAGGCAAUUGCUGAGGCUAAUGGCGACGAGGCUAUGGAAAUCUUCUCUUAUCAGAAAACAGCUGUGUUUAAGCCUUCGCUCUCGGCUAUCGAAGAGGAAUGCGCAAAUUCCCGCACAUGCUCAGCUUACAGCUUGGAGGAGUCGAUUGGAAGAACUGAAAUCUCUGAGAGAGUCUUACAUGUCCAUUAUACCGCCCAUCCUAACACUCUGGCCAUCGCCCAAGCCAUUUCUGAGUUUGACGAAGAGGGUAUAAUGACCACUUUCCGUUGCCAAAGAAUACCCUUGUUUCAGCCCUCUCUUCCAUCAAUUGAGGAGGAAGGGUGUCAUACACCCUCUCAACCCUCACCAGAUCGCAGCUCGGUAGACGUGCUUGGAAAAGCUGAUAACUCAGAGAUUGUCUUCAGAUCUUCUCAAAGACUACGAAGAACGACCAACACUCGGGACUUGAGGGGUUACACAACCAGGAAGAGCACGGUCAUCCCACUGGCACAAUAUAACCUGCCUACGACAAAAUUGAGCACACCUAAAGCUAGUUCACCCAGCAGUCUCAUCGCCCCUGACUACGAAUUCUCUUACGGUUAUACCGAGUUCCCCCGGCUACCUCGUCAGAGGAAGAGAGAUGUGUUGAAAAGAAUCGUCAAGCAGGUCUUCAGGAAACUCCACAACCUACAGGCUACGAAUUGA